CCCCAUCACGGGUUAAGGGCAGGCGAUAUCAGUGAUGGACAGUAUCAGGCGUUAUCGCCACUCCAGAUACCAUAAAAUUGAAGCUGUACUUCUCUGACCAGUUACUUCAAUCGCGGACGUACCUGCAACGCGGUCAGAAUGCACUCGAUAAUCCUCCUCUUUGCGCUGGCGGCGUGCGCUUCAGCCGUCUCAAUCCCCCUGAGACAGAAUCCGGAGACGCUGUGCAUCGGUCAGGAGAACUUCCUUCGCAUCGCUGACGUCCAGAGUUGCGUGCACUACUUCCAGUGCUAUGCCGGUCGCUCCUAUCUCAUGCAGUGCCCUAUGGACACGUGGUUCAAUGAGCAGGAACAGAUUUGUGAUCGAUCUGAGGCACCGGAAGGAUGUUUGGUAGAGCCGCAGCCGGAACCACAGCCCGAACCAGAGCCGGAACCCGAACCAGAGCCGGAAACCGAACAAGAGCCGGAACCCGAACCAGAAUCCGAGCCAGAACCUGAACCAGAACCGGAAUCUGAGCUAGAACCAGAACCAGAGUCAGAACCCGAACAAGAAGAGUUACAAAUGGAAUCUGAGGAAGAUUCUCAGGAAGCUCCUGAAGACAGUGAAGAGGAGGAUGAGAUAGAAGAAUUAAAAUUACACCGCCAUGAUCACGAGGAACACGAUGACCACCACAACCACCAUGACGAUGAUCAUCACGCUCAUCAUCACGAUCAUCAUCACGAGCACAACCAUGAUCAUGAAGUUGAAGGAUCAGGUGAACCUGAAAGUUCGGAAGAGGAUGAUGCUGUAGUAGGGCUGAUUAGAGCUAGGUUCAUUAGACAACAGGAAGAAAUUGAAGAGGAAGAAGAAAUUGAGGGUCUUAAAGCCGUAAAACGUCAAAAUGACGAUGGCGACUUAGAAGAUGAAAAAGAAAAUGACGAUGAACUAGAAAACAAGCAGGAAGAAAUUGAAGAUGAUGAAGACAUUGAAGUGGAAAGGCACAGAAAAUCAACAAAGCAAGAUGAUGGGGAAAAUGAAGAAGAAGACGAAGAGGAACCCAGCAGACAGGAGGAAAUAGAAAAUGACGAAGAGGAGCAAGUUGAAGACAGGAAAAAGACACGAAAACUUAAACAAGAAGAGGUUGAAGAAGACAAUGAGGAAGAAGUUGAUAAUAGACAAGAAAUAGUAGAAGAAGAAAACGAGGAAGUUGAUAGCAGACAAGAAGAACAAAAUGAUGAGGAAAACGACCAAGAAGACUUAGUGAAGAAGCUAUUCAGAUUUGUCAAACAAGAAGAACAAGACGAAGAGAAUGAGGAUAGUGAACAAGAAAUUUUUAAGAGGUCUCGCAGGUCACUUCAGAAGCAAGAAGAGCAAGAUGAGCAAGAUGAGCAAGAUGAGCAAGAUGAGCAAGAAGGUGAUGAAGUGGAAUUAAGACAAGAGGAAAUUGAAGGCGAAGAUGAAGAAGAAGAGUUGAAUAGGCAAGAAGAAAUUGAAGAGGAAGAAGAUGAUGAAAUGAAAAGGCAAGAAGAAAUUGAAGACGAGGAAGAUAAUGAAGAAAUGAAAAGGCAAGAAGAGAUGGAAGAUGAUAAUGAGGAAGAAAUUAGCAGGCAAGAAGAAAUCGAAGAGGUCGAUGAGGAAGAAUCGAAAAGACAAGAAGAAAUAGACGAAGAAGAAGAGCAGGAUGAACCCCAAAGGCAAUCCUUUUUCAAAAGAAUUUUCCGAGUUUUCGUUUGAAAUGUUUGCAUAUUUCAGAAGCUUUUCCACUAGGAACGCUGUCUUGAAAUGAAGUAGGUAGAAAUAAAUUAUUAUUACAUUUAAAUAACGAUAAUAAUUAUUAAUUAUGUUAAGCGCUUGCGCGAUUAGGAUCACUUUGUGCAAUUUUGUAAAUAAACUGA